AGCGCACAGCAUCAGGCUAAGCGUGUACGCAUGGCAUACGCGAACACGCAGCAAAGGAAAGAGGAUGACAGUCCGAUUCGCGGUAGUUGGACAAUUCGCGCAUGGAAUUCCAGCGUCGUAUGAGCCCUGAUUGUAUUUGUCCUCGCUUCGUGUUUCUCGCGAUCCUGUGACCCGGAACGAGAUGUCGAGUUACUCGUACUACUAUGUGAAAACUAUUGUCGAAGAUGGCCGUCCACAGAAAACAUAUAAAUUUGCAAAAGGAUAUCCUGUACAAGCAACAAAGGACGCGUGGUCGACAUUAGGUCGCUACAAUCUUCUGUCACGUUUAUUACGAGGAGGGCUCUCCGGUUCCGGCGAUGUGCAUCAUCCUGCCAAUACUACCUUCAAGGAAUCCCUUAUAAGGGAAAGCGGUUCAAUGUGGUGCACGUGUAAGCAAGCGCCCGUAUAUUGGCGCCGCGUAAGCGAAAUAGUUCGGGCGGUUGAAAAGGGAAGGGACAGAGUGAAUCUCACCGGAUAUGCCAGCCAGUGUAUCACGUACCACACGCUCGUCCGCGUCCAUUUCGGCACGAUUGCGUGCAGUACAAAAUCGGUAUCAUCUGGUGUCGUCAUCUGCGACCAAGUUUUCGAAUUGCGACCCGAAUUGCGCGAAAAAUCGGUUAACACAUUUGUGAUACGAUGAUCCGCAAAAUACUCACGAUAUUGAUCUUCUUACAUAAACAAGCAUAAUUAUAAGGAUUGCAUCUAAAUUAUGAGAUGAGAGAUGAAGUUCAUCUUUAAUACCUAUGACACAGUGACCAUGACACGCAUGAGGGUGCGCCAUCGGAUCGAUAGAACGUUCGGCAUAGUGCCACAAUUUUAACAGCACUAAAAAAAGAGUGUAGUUUUCGGAUUAUCGCACGAAAUAAAGAAUUAUUGUGAAAAAGCCUAAAA